UUCGUGAUUCAUCUGUCAAGUACGCAACGUCAAGUAAAAGUAAACGUGAUUAUUUGGUUAUAGUUUGGACUUCUACUAAAUUUAUUAUUAUUAUAAUUAUUAUUAACUGUCUGUAGCACAGACGUUUAAAAAACGAUGUGAAGUAAUAAAGUUAGUUUGAAUUUAAAUGCGAUGGUUUAGAAUCUCUCCAUUUUUUAAUGUGAAUUUGCAUUUAGAGUAAAACCAGGAUGACUGUCAUCUGGCAACAACAGGUAUUUGCUUUGGAUGCAAGAUUCAAUGCACACAGAGCUCCAAAUCAUCCGAAUUUUAGAACCUUAUAUAUCAGAAGGCGAAACCAAUUGUUAAGAGAAUAUUCUAAAGGAGAGGACACAGUGCUACGAAGACAGUACUUGAAGAUACGCACCCAGUUAUUGCAGCAAAGAUAUGGCCUUGCUUAUGACCAGGCCAGCGUUCAGAGUCGCAGCAUUAACGCUCGGAGCAGUACGGUAGUAGAAUAUGUUAGCGAGUCUCCAGACUAUGGCGGGUGGGAACCCCACAAGGAAGCUGCGGACAGCCUGGUACCAACCCGACAGGCUGAGGCUUCCAGGGCCAUCGUUGGUGGAACCACCAUCGCGGAGAACUAUGCUUUUGUUGGUGUUCACCACAUCUUUGAUCAGCACACCGCUGCUGUGACUAUGGUGAAGUUUGCCCACAACGACCGCUCACGUCUGUGUUGUGCCUCCAAUGAUGGUACAGUCUCCAUCUGUAAUGUCACCAGUCGACCUCCCAGUGUGGAUUGUAUACUAACUGGCCACAAGAAGGCCGUCACCGGGUGCGAUUGGUCAGCUGCAAAUGACCUAAUGGUAACCUGCUCCCUGGAUGCCACUCUGUGUCUGUGGGACGUUGGCUCACAGUCUUGUUUGCGGACAGUCAAGGACCAGAUGUCUGCAGAACUGCUGGCUUGCCUCUUUCAGCCAGCUAACAACAACAUGGUUAUUGCAGGUAACAGUCGAGGGAUGGUACAAGUUCUAAACGUGUCGACGGGGAUUUAUCCUCGAGGAGGGAGCAGCAAGUUAGGUGGCCGUGUCUUGAGUCUAGCCUGUGACGCCAGUGGGCAGCUGCUCUGGGCUGGUAAUGAUAAGGGGACAAUCAUGUCGUUCAUGUUCGACCUGGAGACAGGGAGGCUCAGCAAGGGGCGGCGGCUGGUGGUGGGGGACCAGUGUGUAGUCACCAGUAUCAGCUGGAGGGCAUGGAUCAGCCGAGAAGCGCGGGACCCGACACUGCUGGUCAACUGUGCCAACAACUCCGUCUGUCUCUUCAGGGUGAUGGAUCGUGAAGGUGGUCUUCAACUCAAGAGAAAACUUAGUGUCCGCCACAAGAAUAGUCGUUUUCUUAUCCGCUCCACCUUCUGUCCAAUCAUGUCUUUCCGCCAAGGAGCAUGCAUAGUGACAGGCAGUGAAGACUCGUCUGUAUAUUUCCUGGACAUAGAGCGUGAGAGCAAGGCCGUGGUGAACAAACUACAGGGGCAUGCGUGUCCAGUGCUGGGCGUGAGCUUCAACUACGACGAGAGCCUGCUGGCUACCAGCGACUAUCAGGGGCUUGUGAUCAUCUGGUCCCGGGAGAGAUCGUGACUGUGGCCGGUGGUCCACCACUGCAACGACUGCUGCUAGUGGACAUAACAAUGUAGCUAGAUGUAAUGCCCUUCUCAGAGCUAGAUUUCAUGGGCCUCAUAAUAUCUCUUGGGUAACGAUUUGGGCCAGAGGUACUUGGGCUCCCCCACAAUGUCUUGUGGGAAAUGACGUGAAUACCCUAGGCUUGCUCAGAUAUUUGGGAGAAGAAGUGUAAACCCUUCUUGGGUCUAGCAGGACCUUUUACAUAAGAAAUACAUAUAGACCUCCAGGGCCUUAUUUGAUCUUUGGAAGAAGAGGUGUAAAUAUUCUGGGUCUCCCUAGGAUAUUUUAGAGAAGAGGUGUAAACCUACUGAAUCUCUCUGGGAUCUUUUGGAGAGAGGUGUAAACCCUGUGUACCUCCUGAAGAACUUUUGGAUUAGAGGUGUAACCCUUCUGGGCCCCUUAAGGAUCUUUUGAAGUUUAAUCCUUCUUGGCCUCUCCAAGGAUCUUAUGGAGAGAGGUGUAAACCCUGUGUACCUCCCGGAGAUCUUUUGGCUUAGAGGUGUAACCCUUCUGGGCCCCUUAAGGAUCUUUUGAAGUUUAAACCUUCUUGGUCUCUCCAAGUAUCUUUUGGAGAAGAAAACAUAGAAAGAGAAGUAAACCUUACGGGCCUUUCUGUAUUUUUUUUUUUUUUUUUUUUUAAGAAGUUCAAAUUACACCAACCCUCCUUUCUUCUAUAGUAGUGGUGUACAGUCUUUGAUGUCUCAUGGCUUUUGGACUUCUUAGAAUCUAUUGUUAAGAAUCAAUGUUAUACCCUUUGCCCCAGAAUCUUUAAGGAGAGAAGUAUAAACUUUCAGGAUUUCUUUAGGAAUCUCUCAUUAUGGUCUUAUCUCUUGAUCUAGUGGUCCAAAGGCCCAAGUCUGUGAUGUGGAUGUAACACAGAAGUGAUUAUUUGUAUCGGAGGCACCUCAAAAUGUGAUGAAGGCUUAUCUCCAUCACUUCAUUUAAUUUCCAAACACUCUAUUGUGAUAUUUUGACAAAAGUUGGUUCAGAAACUGUGUAAAUAUUAUAAUCUAUUAAAACAGACUAUCUUAAAACUGGAUUUGUAUUGUAAAUGUGCUAAAUAGUCAAAUUUGAGAAAUAUAUAAAUGUAUACAAUAUGGUCACAACUUUAUAUUGUUUGUGUAGAUCCAGUACAACAAUCCUCCUACAACGGUUUAUCUUAAAUCAACAAUUAUUAUGUAUGUUUUAAUUCAUUAUUACCUACUGGCUAAACUUUAGCGAAGCCUAUCACUGGUGGGGCUUUAAAAAUUGUAUUUCUGUCUGUCUGUCCACACGAUAUCUAUCUACAAAACGAACUGACCUAUAGACUAGAAAUUUUGAAGUUUCAUUUGUAUAUGAGGAACACAGAGUUCGAUGAUGGUGCAUGUCACUUCGUGGGAUUAGGGUGAGCGUUAGCAAUUUUACAUUGGUCUGGUGGGUAAACCAUGAUGGAAACAAGAUAAUAGAUGAAUAAAUAAAUUUGUUAACAAACUGUGUACAAUCGUAUGAGAUUUUAACACAUGAGACUUUUAUUCAUAAAGUAUUAAAAAUAUAUAAUAGACAAGAGUAAAUGUUAAAAUUCGGUGACAAUAUUUGACUUCGGCUCACUCUUACGUUGUAGUACCCUUGCUAGCAUUCCAUAACUUUUAUUUGAAUAUUGCUACAAAACCUAACUUGCUGAAUAAAACUGUGAAUUUAUUAUAUGGCAAGAUAUAUCGAGAAAGGUUUUACUUGUAUAUUUUGAAUUUUGCAUGAAACUUCAUUUCUACAUAGACAAGAAUGAGUUCUAUGAUGGAACAUGUUCAACUAUUUGGAAUUUGGCUGAGCGUAAUUGAUGCCUAUCAUAUUACACUAACACAAUUUCUCUUUUAUCUGCCGAGGAGAUGUAAAAAUUUAUUUUCUGUUCUUUUGUAUAUGUCUGUCUAUCUGUCCACAGGACAUCUAGAGAAUGAUAUAAGCUAUAUAGAUUUGAAAUGUUGCAUGCAGCCUUAGCGAAACCUGUUACCGCAAAAUGUGGUGUUACGUUGUAGUACCAACUACAGCUCUGUUAUUGUAACUUAGAUGUCUAGGAUAUGAACAUUUACUGUUUUGCUAUAUCAUAUAUUUGUAUUUUAUUUCAUCUAUAUAGUUUUGAUACCUUUAAAGCUUUAUUUAACCUGUAUGUGAUUAUUUUAAGAUGUGUUGUGCUAGAUACCAAAACUGAAAUAUUAUAUGGGGCAAUAUAUUCGCGAGGUAUGUUUUAUUUUUUUAAAUAUAUUUCUAUUAAAGUUGGAGUAACUAAUA